CGUUUUUCUUCAAAGUUGUCACACACUCACUCAUGAAAGAUCUGCUUGCACUCCUUGUUUAUUGUCGUAUAUCAUAGCCAGUGCCGUUGAUUGUUCGUUCAUGAGCCAUGGCGCCCUCUAUAUCAUCCUUAGUAGACCGACUACGUACCUACGCGGGUACGGUAGCAUGGGACCCCAUGAUCAAGUCAUGCCGGAGGUCUUUUCUGUCGCUUCUGUCGGAGAUCAAAAUCGGCCGUCUUACCCGUGGUCGAAAGUGAUGGUACAGAAACAGUCUGUGGCCAGGCUGGAGAAUACGUUGAACCUCUGGCUAGACUGCAAGUAGUCCGCGACGCAUUCUGGUUGCGCUUAGCUUUGUUCACCGACAUGGUCAGCUUUCCACGUCUCUUAGAAUCGCAGUCCGUUGACCUAGGGAGCAGGGUUUCGCAGAGUCCUUCAUGCUUGGUGAGGUAGAAUGCUCAAAUCUCACCGCAUUUUUCCAGUUAUUCAUUCUAAACCGCAACGAAUUGUCAAACGCGACCACGAUAACCUCGUACCUUUCCUCCACAAUCAGUGGGUUUAUGCGCCGCACGAAUACGCUUCCCAAUGCGCAAUUGAACAUAAGCGCACAUUAUGAUAUCAGCAACGAGAUGUUCGAAGCAUUUCUGUCCAGAGACAUGACUUACUCCUGUCCCAUCUGGGCGGCUCUGUCAAAAUUGGACGAGCCCAAGAAGGAGGAACUUUUGGAAGACGCGCAGAUGCGAAAACUGGAUCGAUUCAUCGACAAUGCAAGGAUCAAAGAGACGGACCACAUUUUAGAGAUUGGAACAGGCUGGGGAAGUUUUGCCAUCAGAGCAGUCCAGAGAACAGGUUGUCGAGUGACUUCUUUGACUCUGAGUCGGGAACAGAAAGAUCUUGCAGACCAGAGGAUCGCAGACGCAGGAUUGACUGAAAGUAUUGAAGUGCUGCUUUGCGACUACAGAGCACUGCCCAUGCCGCGCGAGGGUCCGUACGACAAGCUUGUCAGCAUCGAGAUGCUCGAAGCAGUAGGGCGAGAGUUCCUCACGACGUAUUUCGACUGUGUUCAUAAGCUUCUCAAGCCAGAUGGUGGCAUAGCGGUCUUCCAGUGUAUCACCAUGCCCGAGUCGAGAUAUGAAGCAUACGCCAAAGGUGAAGAUUUCAUUCGAAAAUACAUCUUCCCUGGAGGUCAUCUACCCACAGUUUCGCAACUGGUCGAUUCCAUUAACAAAGGCAGCCAGGGACUAUUGGUGGUCGACUCGAUAGAGAACAUAGGUCCACAUUAUGCAAAGGCCCUUCGUAUAUGGAAGGAGAACUUCGAGAGAAAUUUCCAGAAGCGCAUAAAACCAGCGCUAUUGGCCGAACAUGAUGGUAUGACCGAGAGCGAUGUUCUGUUGUUCCGAAAGAAGUGGGAGUAUUAUUUCACUUAUUGUGAAGCCGGAUUCAACACCAAGACACUGGGUGAUGUAAUCAUCACAGUCGCAAGAGAAGGAGCGAUGGAAAUGAUGGAAGAUAUACCCGUAUAAGGGUUUCGCCAUAAUAUGGCUCUCUCAACUCAACCUGAUCACUUCGCAGGCGGAGUUCGAAUUCAUCUUUUUGAUUUCUUCUUUUUCUUUUUCUUCUUGGGCGACGAUGCC